AUGAACCCCUAUGUACUUACAAUCCUCUUAUCUAGCCUAGGGCUAGGGACCACCCUAACCUUUGCUAGCUCUCACUGACUCCUAGCCUGAAUAGGUCUGGAAAUUAACACACUAGCAAUUACCCCCUUAAUAGCGCAACACCACCACCCCCGAGCGGUAGAGGCAACCACAAAAUACUUCCUAACCCAAGCCACCGCAGCAGCAAUAAUCCUAUUUGCAAGCACAACAAAUGCGUGAAUGACCGGGGAAUGAAAUAUCAACGACCUAUCAAACCCCAUCGCCAGCACAAUAUUUACAGCAGCCCUGGCACUCAAGAUUGGACUCGCACCCAUGCACUUCUGAAUACCAGAAGUACUACAAGUAUUAGACUUAUUAACAGGACUCAUCCUAUCUACCUGACAAAAGCUCGCCCCCUUCGCACUCAUCAUCCAAACGGCACAAACUAUUGACUCAUCACUACUAAUACUAUUAGGAAUCACAUCCACACUGGUUGGCGGGUGGGGGGGACUAAACCAAACCCAACUACGGAAAAUCCUAGCCUACUCUUCAAUUGCACACAUGGGGUGGAUGAUCAUUGUAAUUCAGUAUGCCCCACAACUUACCCUAAUUGCACUGGGCAUAUAUAUUAUUAUAACCUCCGCAGCAUUCCUAACCCUAAAAAUACUAUUAACAACCAAAAUUAGCACACUAUCAACAACCUGAUCAAAAAACCCAAUCCUGGCAUCAACAACUGCCCUAGUCCUACUCUCAUUGGGGGGACUCCCCCCACUCACGGGGUUUAUACCGAAGUGGCUAAUCUUGCAAGAACUAACAAAACAGGACCUCCCCAUCAUCGCCACAAUUAUAGCCUUAGCCGCCCUAAUUAGCUUAUACUUUUACUUACGACUAUGUUACGCAAUAACACUAACCAUCUCCCCAAACAUGAUCAACUCAAUCACCCCAUGACGAACCCAAACAACCCAAACCUCUUUUUCUCUAGCCCUAUUUACCACGGCCGCCCUAGGAAUAUUGGCAGUAACCCCAGCCAUCCUAAUACUAAUCACCU